GUAUCAUAAUAAAUCUCAAGAUGCGUGCCAGAUGCUGAGAAACUGUCAGUCGAUAGAAUUGUAUUUAAGUAAAUAGUUACUCUGUAGUGUCUUUCAUUGCUUCAAUUAAUACAAAUGGGGUUUUAAAUUUAGUCUGGCUUUUGUGUUUGUGGGUAAAAAUAGCCAAAAGUGUUGUUUUAAAGUAGCUGGAGGUACAUAAGAUAUAUUAUUAUUAUUUACGAAAAUGAAAGCUACUGUUCUUUUCCUUUGUUGGACGUGUUUUUUAGUGCCGAAAACUAGUGCAGUUGUCACAACUGAAGAUAUCCGAAUAGCAAUUCUCCAAAUGGUAAAUGUGGCCAGAACGACUGACGAUAAACUGGAAAGGCACGAGUUUCGAGAAAAACAAUUAGGAGAACAACUAAAAAAAGGAUUAAUCAACAUCGACAAAAGAAUUAAGCUGCUGGAUCCACUUAAAGGAGCGGUCGGUCGUCUAGAUGAAAGACUAGCGGCCGUUGAAACGAUUUUACUGCAAAAAGACAAAGAGGACAGAGACCGACAAUUGCAGCAACAGCAAAUCCUUGAAGUAGUUUUGGAUAUUCAAAAGAAAAUGCCUCAAUUGCUAGACCAACUUAACCAGGAUUUAACUCAAAAGGUCAUUAUGAGCCAACCACCAGCAGCCAUAAGUGAACCGAUGAUGACCAAACAAGAUUUCGUUUUAAUGGAAAAAGAAGUCGCCGUAAAAAUGGAUAAAGUGGAAACGACAAUAAAAAAUAUGGGAGAAGAAUUGGCCAAGUUACGCCAAGAAAAUCUAAGCGAUGUCAAUAAUAAUAAGUCGAUGGAUAUUUUGGAAAAGGUGGUCAAAAGGCAACUGGAUAACAGCGAAAGCUUGUUGGCAAAAUAUGAAAAUAAAUUGGCCGAGUUUAAUAAUCGUAUUCCAGAAUUGCCAGUAAUCGAUUUCAAGGAACAAGAUGAAUGGAAAAGAGAUCUCUUGCAAGCUUUCGAUACACAAAAAACAAAACUAACUGAUCUAGCUUUGGAUAUAAAAUCAGUUCAAAACCAAAUCGCUGUUUUACCUCAAAAACCCGACUUGGAACUUCUCCAAAGCAUAACUUUAAACAAAAUUGAUCAACUUCCAAAAAGGUCAUCGAUGGAUGGGGGAAAUUUCGAGCGAGAGUUGCAGGAGAUCAAAAAUGUCACUUUGAAGAAUCAUGAAGAAGUUAAGAGUUCUUUUAAUGAGUUGACCGAGAUAUCGUCACAUUUGACUGAAAGUUUUGCUACAAAUUAUGCUAAAAUAAUAAACGAGGUGCAAAGUCUCGGAAAAAUGGAACAAUCGAUUAUGCAAACGGCCGAUAGUGUUCUGGACACCAGACGGCGAGUAGAGUACGGAGUUCAUCAAAUAAUAGCUGAGAUUGAAAAGCAAAUUAAGGCCGCAUCUGGAGAUAUUUCCCAAGGAAUUAACGACAGAUUUGAAUCAUUCGAAAUGUCAAUCCUGGACGAAGAAUACGGGGCGCUUCACAACCUGACAUCAAAAAUCCAAGAGGAAAUCGGCCGGGUUUGGAGACAAAUCGGAAUAAUGCAUCAGCAAAUGAGUGCCAGCACCGAUACCCUCAACAAACUCCAAAAUCAGACGGAUGCGUAUGUGAGCGGGUCUUUAGAUGUAAUGGACAGUAUGAAAGGAAAAGUGACCCAAAUUACUGGUCGUAUGUCUGAAGUGGACGAAAAUCUCAACUUCCUCCUCGGUAAACUGUCGUUAUUGUCGCAAGAAUUCAAUCGGAUUAAAUCCGGUUUGGGUACCACUCUGGACGAGAUUCGGACCAGUUUCCAAAAGGUCCAGAACAAAAUAAAGGAUCAGGGGCCAGGGCCUCAUAAGAUUUCCAGCAAUGAAAUUGAAAUUAGUUAAACAGGGGAGAUAAAUUGAAUGAGUGUUUUUCUUUUUGUGAUUUGUAACACAAUUUAUUGAAUAAUUUUUACUCCGAAAAGAACACUCAUUGAUUUUUCACGAGUUAAAGAAUGUAUGCUUUUAUAUUAAUAAUUAUUCUAAUUAGUUAAUUUAAAAUAGUUUUGUAGUGUAUUGUAAUUAUUUA